AUGGCCAGCAAUGACUUGACGCUGACAUGCCGGUGGUGUGGGCCUCGGGAGCGUGUGUUUAAGGGGGCGGACUGCAUUGAGCAGUUUAUGCACUAUGUCUUCAACGAUGAGAAACUGCUCAAAUUUGCUUCUUUAACCCUUUGUGCCCACAAUGCAAGUGGAUUUGACAAUAUCCCCAUCCUUGAUUUCCUCACCCAACGCCCUUGCUUUGCCAAGAGUUCGCCAUCCAUUAUUAUGCGUGGGACGAGAAUUGUUGAGAUCAAAAUGGGAAGGGUACGGAUGGUGGACUCCUUGAAUUACCUUUCGAUGAAAUUGUCGGCGCUGCCAAAGGCUUUGGGGUUGGGUGUCGACGUCAAGAAAGGCUGGUUCCCCCACCACUUUUCACAACAUUCUGGGUACGUGGGGCCUAUACCCCCAAAGGAAAUGUACGGGGUGGAUAAGAUGUCUGUGGCGGAGAGAGCAGAGUUUGAGGCGUGGUAUGCCACACAGCAAGAUGUCGUAUUUGACCUAGACAGAGAGUUGCUGGAAUAUUGUCGCAUGGAUGUGACAAUAUUACGGCUCGCCUGUCUCCGGUUCAGAGAACUAUAUCUGGCUGUGGCUUCUGUUGAUCCGUUUCGCGAGUGCUGUACUCUCGCAUCAUGCUGCAUGUUGACUUACAGGGCCAACUAUUUAAACCCCUCCACAAUUGCGUUGCUUCCAGAGUGUGGUUACUUUGGGGUGGACAGGCAGUCCAAAGUGGCUCUAGAGUGGUUGCAGUGGUACAGUCAUGAGCAUAACAUUGAGCUACAGCACGCGGGAAACGGACGCGAGGUCAAGGUGGGCCGGUUCAGAGUGGAUGGGAUGAAUGCGGACCAAAAGCUGGUGCUGGAGUUUCUAGGGUGCUGGUGGCAUGGGUGCCGUGCCUGCUUUUCUGCCAGGACGGCGGUCAUUGGUCACGAAAAGAAGAACAACGAGGACACGAUGGAUGCCCGCCUCAAACGCACCCAGGAGCGGAGGGAGCUCUUGGAGGCGCAGGGUUACACGGUGGUGUCCAUGUGGGAGUGUGAGUGGAAACGGCAGAAGCAGAUGGACGCCGAGGUGAGUGCGUUUGUCGAGGCCCAUCCUGUGGCACUGGAAGAUCCUUUGGAUCCCAGAGAGGCCUUUUAUGGGGGCAGGACCAAUAAUACCAAGUUGUACUGUGCUGCUGGUCCCGAUGAGAUGAUUUGCUAUGCCGAUAUCUGCUCACUCUACCCCUAUGUCAACAAAACAGGCCUGUACCCUUUGGGUAAGCCCCGUCGUGUUCUGGCUGAUUUUCCGCACCCUAAAGACUUUCACGGCUUCAUCAAGUGCGUCGUGCUUCCUCCGCAAAACCUCUAUCACCCCAUUUUACCCCUUAAAUUACACAACAAGUUGAUGUUUGUUUUGUGCUACGCUUGUGCCGUAGAGUGUCUCUUUGAGAGGCCUGAGGGGUGUCCCCACACCCCUGAACAAAGACAGUUGAAGGGUACAUGGGUUGCGGAGGAGGUGAGCUACGCCCUUGAAAACGGGUACACGCUUGUCCAGACCCUAGAGGUGUGGGUGUAUGACCGGUGGACUCGUUAUGAUCCGACCAAUAAGGACCCCCUGUGUGAGGAGAAGCUCGGCAUUUUUGCAGGGUAUGUGAAUGCUUUCCUCAAGCUAAAAUUGGAGGCGAGUGGCUGGCCGGCAGAGUGUGACACCGACGAGAAGAAAAAGGCCUAUCUUGAGGCCCAGGCGGCGAACGGCGUGAUGCUGGACGCCAACUGUAUGGAAUACAACCCGGGUAAGCGCACGCUGUCGAAACUCCAGUUGAACAGCCUCUGGGGGAAAUUCGGUCAGAAACCUAACCUCACCAAGCAUGUUAUGGUGACGGCUGUGGACAAGCACUACGACCUGCUCAUGGAUGAGGCCCUCCAGGUAAACAGCAUUCUCCCCAUCAAUGAGUACACAGAGUUGGUUUCGUACGAGGCCAGGGAGGGCGCCGUGCCAACAAGUCCCAACACCAAUGUAGUCAUUGCUGCCUACACGACGGCCCAAGCCCGCAUCAUUCUCCACAGAUAUCUAGCCACCCUGGGACAGAACGCCACGUACUACGACACGGACUCUGUGACCUUCAAACAGGGGCUUAACGACCCACCUCUUAUCCAGUACGGCACAGACUUGGGACAAAUGACGAAUGAGCUCGAGGCGUUUGGCCCGGGCUCCUACAUCACCGAGUUUGUAAGCGGUGGACCCAAGGUGUAUGGGCUUAAAAUUGCAAAGGGAGGCAAUCGUGAUGAUGUGGCUUACGUGGUGAAAGUGAAAGGGGUGUCUCAAAACAGCUCCAACACCAAUCUCAUCACAUUUGAAAACUUAAAGAAGUUGGUGUUGGGUGAAAUCGAGUCCAUCCGGAUUGAGAGUAAGAAAGACAUCCGCCGGGACGGGCGCUUCCACAUUCUGAGUAAAGACACCCACAAAAUUUUAAAGCCAGUCUACACCAAGAGACAAAGACACCCUAGGUCCCAUGAGGAGAUGUACAAGUACGACACCAUACCGUAUGGCUACAAAGAAGGUUGA